AUGUCAAGAAAAAAAUUUAUUUAUCUUGUGAACUUAUUUUUACUAUUAACUAUUAAUCUAAUAUCUGGUUAUUACAAUUUUGGAAGUAAUCAAAAUUAUAAAAAUAGUUAUAUUAAUGUAAAUUUUUAUCCAGAAUGCAAAAAAAAUUUUACUUAUACUAAUAGACAAAAAAAUAAAUGUGAUAUAUCCGAUUUGUAUAGAUAUUUAGAAGAUAGUGAUAGACCAGAAUCUAAUCGUUUUAUUUCAAGGCUUAAUAGCAUGUAUUUUGACUUUAUGAAUAGAUCAGAAUUUAUCAAACCAAUUAGAAACAUAUUAAAUGGUUAUAAAGAUUUUACUUAUCAUGAAUUUAUUUCACAAUUUGGGCAAUAUCAAUAUUAUAUUGCUUUUGAUGAACACCGUACUAGAGCAAUUAUUAGAAGAGAAGCAGAUUUUCUUCCAGGAAUAGAAGAUUUUAUAGAUUUAAAUAAUUAUCCUAGAAUUAAUGAAACGGGAAUUAACAAUCUUGCAGUAAGUCAUUCAUUAAAAAUUAUGGGGUAUCAAAUUUUUUUAACUACUGGAUAUUGCCUAAUGAGAUUUAAAUAUUUAAAUGGAACAGAUUUAAAAGAUGUAAUGCCUAUGAAUGCACAAACAGAAUAUGCUUUUGUUUUUAAUGACGCAGGUUUUAUUUAUUCUAAAUAUCCAUUUAAACAUCAUCCAAAUGGAUCAUUAUAUGAAGAUACAAGUGCUCCGUCUUUAUUUUACCAUAAAUUUGGAACAAAUCCAUUUUCCGAUAGAGAAAUAUUUCGAAGUCAUCUUUUAAAAGAAGGCGAUGUAACAGCAAAAUUAUCAGAUGAUGGAAAUUAUUUGAUUAUAAGAUUAGAAAUGUUUGAAAAUAGUACAACUUCUUAUUAUUUUUGGAAUAUCACAAAUGUACGUGAUAUAAAUCAUUAUAUACAUGCUCAACAUUUGAUUGGUAAAUUUGAUGCAAACUAUGAAUUUUGUUUUACUAUUGGAGAUUUUGCGGUAUUUUUCGUGAAAAAAUUUGGCAUGAAAAGUAGAGUUGUGGUAACAAAAAUUCAAAAUUCAGAUUAUACUGUUGAUGAUGCUGAACUAAUUUUAAAGGAAGAAGAAGGUUUACAAAUUAAAAAUGUUUAUUCUGUUGGAAAAGAUUUUUUUGUAAUAAUUGUUGUCAAAAAGUUACACAAUUAUUUGAAACUUUAUAAUAAAAAGGCUUUAACGUUAGUAAAAGAUUUUUAUGUUGGUCCAGGAGUCAUUGAGCAGGCACAAUCACAUAUAAGUCAUUCUACUCUUAUCUUUUCAUAUAAUAGUAUACAUAUACCAAAUGCUAUAUAUACAAUUAAUUUUGAAAAUGUUUUAAACAAAGGAGUAGAUGAAGCAAAAAAAGGAACAUUUUUUAUAGCUGAAUUUUUUAAACUUUCAGUUUUUGACUUUAUUAUUGAAACAGAAUACUAUAAAAGUAAAGAUGGUAAAAAUAUAUCUAUGAUAAUGUUUCAUACAAGAGAUUUAAAAAAAAAUCAACAAAAUCCUGUAAUUAUAGAAGCUUAUGGAGAUUUAAGUGCUGCAUGGCAUCCUCAAAAAUCAUUAGCUAAAUUAUUCUUUGCUAAAGAAUUUGGUGGUAUUUGGUGUAUUCCUGGUAUAAGAGGUAUAGAAGGUUUAGGUGAAAAGUGGACUUCAGACGGAAUAGAACUAAAAAGAAAAAACAGUUUUGAUGAUUUUAUUUAUGCUAUAAAACAUUUAAUCAAAAAAAAGUAUACUACAUCAAGUAAAAUUGCUAUUUAUGGCAAACAUAAUGGCGGUCUUUUGACAACUGUCGUUUCACAACGAGAACCAAAGCUUAUUGGUGCUGUUGUAGCAAAAUCACCAUUAUUAGAUACAAUACGAUAUGAUAAAUUAACUAAAUAUGGUCUUGCUUUCCAAUACGGGUAUGGUAAUUUAAAUAAAAAAAAAGAGUUUGUUAAUUUAUAUUCAUUUUCACCUUAUCAUCAAAUGGAAAAAUGUCGUACUUUUAAAAAAGAAUGGCCAAGUACUUUAAUAAUUCACCCUUUUGAAGAAUUUACUAAUUUGGUCGGACAUACAACAAAAUAUUUAGCUAAAUUGUAUCCACUUUUAAAAAAAAAUCCAAAAUCACGUUUUGCUAAUCCAAUGAUUGCUUACAUCAGGAAAGAAGAUGAUCAUGAUGAUGAUAUGUAUAAUUAUGAUAAAAAAUUAGCUGAAUUAGAAAUGGAUGAAUUACAUCGUAUGCUUAUUUUCAUUCAACUAGCAUUAGAUUUAAAGUUUGAAAAAUAA